AAAGCCCGACCGACAUAUACAGUUAGCCGAGUACUGCAAUCGAUUCCACGUCAUUUGACAAGUGCAAAAUCCUGUGAAUAAACCUUUAGGUUUUCAGCAUUAUUUUCUCCUUUCUUGUUGAAAAAUGGCCUCAGCUGUUUGUGUAUUGUUGGGAGAAAAUGUGAAAGGCGUUCUGCACUUUGACCAACAGGGAGAUGUUGUCAAUGUUAAAGGAGAAGUAACUGGAUUAACUCCUGGGGACCAUGGAUUCCAUGUCCAUGAGUUUGGUGACUACACCAAUGGCUGCAUGUCUGCUGGACCCCACUUUAACCCAACUGCUGUUGAACAUGGUGGUCCAACUGAUCAGGUUCGUCAUGUUGGUGAUCUUGGAAACAUUGUAGCCAACGAAGCAGGUGUUGCCACUGUGGAUAUCAAGGACUCCUUGUUAUCUCUAUCUGGUGCUAAUGGAAUAAUAGGUCGCACCAUUGUGGUACAUGCUGAUCCUGAUGAUUUUGGUAAGGGUGGGCAUGAACUGAGCAAAGUCACAGGAAAUGCCGGCGCUCGCGUUGCUUGUGGAAUUAUUGGCAUUGGAAAAUGACUAAGACCAGUUUCAAACCAUAUUAACAAAUUAUAGCUCAUCAUGUAUGGCAUUUAUGUUGGCAGAUAUUAUUUCAGUUUUUUAAUUCAUUUAUGUUGUUAAAAAACUGGAUUGAUUACAAAUGUAUUUACUCUGGAA